GACUCCGAUGUGGGCAGCAGGCUACCGCGAACUCUGACUACUGACACCUGAAGCAACGAGUAUGUAAUCAGAGUUUCUACUCAAACUGACAUGACGCAAUCUUGUUUGAUCGACAAGGUAAUGCCAGCAAAUAUUCGGACAAGAAACUUGAAACAUACGGGAACGCGUCUCUCGUAGGAGGUACAUACACCCAAGAUGUUCCUCGACGACUCUGAUAUUGCGCUUCCUUCUUUUCCACAUCUCCUGGAAUUCAAGCGAGGAGGUUAGACUGUCGGCAGAUACAACGGAGCGGAUAAGAUGCAGCAGCAGCCUCCACUUCCACCUCGACAACAUCAGCCAGCUAUGGAUGCUCGGCCAGGUACACCUCAAGGCUUCAACGGUCAGCCAGUACCGAAGACCUCGCAGGCACCGCCUCAACGAACCAGCCCAUUCGGAGUUCGAAGCGGACCAUCGUCGACUGAUUAUACGAGAGAUGUUCGAAAGCUGACGGGCUAUCUGAUCCCUUAUCCAAAACCUCAUCUACCAAAUGUCAAUCCAGACGAUAUCCCGCAACGCUUCUUUGUAUGGACUCCACCUGCGCCACCAUUCUAUCACAAGCCAGCUGAUGGCAAGCGAGAAGGUAUCGUACACUGGACCAAACGUCACUGGUACAAGGAGCUGCGAGAAGCCAAGAUGCGUGAUCCGCCCAAGGGUAAAGUAACGAGAGUGAAGCGUUUGAAAUGGAGAGGCACCAAAGCCACAGCAUGGGGAAUCAACAAACUCAAGAGCUCCAACUUGGAGUUCCUCAAUCGAGUAGCAGGCAUCCAAGAUCAAGCCAAUUCCAUGGCACCAGACGUAUACAGCAAGACCAUUGCACCGGAAGAGAUCGUCCUCAUCUACCCAUCAUCAUCCGAAGAAGAAGAAGAAGAAAAUCUCGCCGCCAACUCACAGCCGCCUGCGGCUCUCCAACAGGAAUUCAUCGCCUCCAUGCUCCGCACGAAGAAACGCGCAUACAAAGACUCCAUCUACGCCACCCUCCUCUUCCCUCCCGCUCUCGUCAUCGACACCCUCGCAGUCCCCAUCUGGCCCUUUGGAGGUCUCGCCGAAGUCGAUCUCUGCUGGCUCUACGCCUCCCUUCGGGGCGCCAAAGCCUCGCGAUCCGUCACCAAACGUCUCACAUCGGGCGAUUUGACCGACAAGAAAGCCGCAUCACAACUCACUCUCACGCUGGUGUCUUCUCCUCGCGUGCAGAUUUUGACGCAGUAUCUCGCGGCUGCGUGUCACAAAGCCGAUCCGACGCUGUUUCCGGUCUAUGUGUCGCCGCCGGGCGAGACGCAGUGUUUGGAGGCGAUUGGGUGGAGUCACAGUGAUCAGGAUGGAGAUGAUUCGGGUUCGGGUACGGGCAUGGCAUUGGGAUUGGCGGCUAAGACGAUGAGUUGGGAUGAUGAACAGUUUGAGAUUACGCAGGUCAAGGAUGAUAUCAAGGAUACGUUUCGCAAGGGAGCAAAGGAGUGGGCAAAAUGGACCAAGUUGUGGACGAAGAAGCCGGGGAAAGCUGCGAAGAGGUGA